AGCAAUCGAGGCUCACCUGCUUCCUGGCUCAAAAUUACUCACCCUGGAGGGAAACCCUUCCUCCAUCAACGGCCUACUCUUCCAUUUCCCCCUGUCACGGUCAUGAUGACGGCGAUGCCCGCCGCGCUGUCCAGCUUCGCGCCUCUCCAGCGGUGCCCGCCGCCCGCUACGGCCUGCUCGCUGCGCUCGUGUGCGCGGUGCUGUGCGCGGCCUGCCUCUCCGCCUCCGGCGGGGGCGCGGGCCAGAAGGUCGCCGCCGCGCUCGAGGAGACGUGGGUGGUGCUGGCCCUGCUGAUCGCCCACCUCGCCGUGUCCCGGCUCCACGGCGGCGGCGCCGACAAUCGGGAGGAGGCCGCAGCAGGGGCCGAAGAAGGGCGCGCCCGCGGCGGCCGAGGGCCCGUCCGACGACGAGCUCCGGGCGGAGGCGGUCGGGAAGCUCACCACGAGGAUCCGCGCGGCGGUCAAGGCCGGCGACAUGCCCGGCGCGGAGGCGCUGAUGCAGAAGAUGCGGGAGGUCGGGGGGCCGCCCGGCCGCCAGCGCCGGCCCUGCUGGGCGGUGGCGUUCGGGGAGCUGGUGGGCGGCCACGUCCGCGGCGGCAGCGCCGCGAAGGCGGACGAGUGGCUUGGCGCCUUCGCCGACUGCGUGCCCACGAUUCGGCCCAGUACCGCGUGCGUCAACUCGGUGAUCGGGGCCCUGUGCGCGAGCGGCGACGUCGCCUCCGCGGAGGCGUGGGUCCAGAAGAUGCCCGAGAUCGGCAUCCGGGUGGGCGAGGACACGUACUCCGAGAUCAUCGGCGGCUGCGUCCGGGCCGGCGAUAUGCCCCGCGCAAUCUCGUGGUUCCGCGAGAUGCGGCGGGCCAACGUGCGCCCGAGCGCCGAGCUCAACAGGCUGAUGCUCCAG